AUGGGUUGUAUCUGCAUUAUAGAAAAAGUGAAUAAGUCAUAUGGCGAUGCAGGCAAGGUCCCCAUCAAAGAUCCGACCCCGUACGUGUUCAGGGGCCCGUUCGAAUUGUUGGAUCCCGGGAAGAACUUCGCCGGCCAACUGGAGCUCGACAUCACGGUUAGAAAUUUGGGAAGGGCCCUGGUGACGCCGUACGUGCUCGCGCCCAAGUGCUUCGUGUUCAAGAACGUGGCUGAGGGGCCUGAGUUCAGGUGCCAGGUGUCGAGGAUGGGCGGGGGGGUGGACGGGGGGUUAACGGCGGCGAGCGUGGAGAACACGGUGAGGGAGGAUUUGUUCGACAGGGGGCCGGCCGGGAACAUGAUGGCCGACGUGGCCGCCAUCUCUCCAGUGGCGCCUCGCCUAGCCCUCGGAAGCCCGCCGCCCAAACUGCCCCGGCCCCCCUUGAUAGACCCGACUUUGGUCAAAAAGAAGCCUAAAAAGAAGAAGAAGAAGAAGAAGUAGUAGUAGUAGUAGUAGUAAGAAAGCCGGCAACCUUUCUUCUUUCUGCCAAUCGAAAACACUUUUCCAACAGAUAAAUAACAAAAAAGAAAAGUUUUGAGUUAAGCUUCCCCUUCGAUCUUUCGAUUGGAAAUUUUUGGUAAAAAUUGGUUCGAUCGUUGCGCGAGAUCCGGUUGGACGAAGCGGAAACGAGAAGUUGAGAUGGAGAGAAACGCGUGUCGGAGAUGAGAAGCAGUUAACGGCACAUCUCGCGAGAGAGAGAGAGGAGGAUCUUUCUCACGAGGAGGAGAUGUGUGCCGACGACACGAUUAUGAUUUAUACCGGAUCGAAUCGAGCCUGAUUUAUGAGGGCGUAAUGCUCUUAGCCGUGCGGGGAUAUUGGCUGGAAGAAGGCGGCCGAAACGCGAUCGAACGAGCGUUUCCAUCGAACCGUUGUCGAUCAAUGAUACUUCUUUGAGUUUGAUGAUGGGUUUAUCGCAAGUGAUUGGAAGGAAUUAGAAAUAUCCAUCGAGCGAUUAAAUUAGCAAAUUACUUGACUCUAUCGAAGUGGUUGCACGAUCGAUUAUUUUUCGUAUU